AUGACGAAAAAGUUUGACUAUGAAUUUGUAAAGAAUGAACCUAAACGUAUCCGAGUUAUUUGUCGAUAUAAGGAGACAUAUGGAUGCCCUUGGAUGCUAUUUGCAUCUCCUGUUAAAAAUAAAAAAGGAAUUGAAAUCAAAAGAUUCAUAGCAGCCCAAUUACGACCUGUCUUAAAGGUUCGACCUGAAAUCCACCCAAAAGAUGUGCAAAAAGAGUUCCUCACUCGAUAUGGAUUGAGACUUGAAUACAGUAAGAUAUGGUGGGGCAAAGAAAGAGCGCAAGAGGCUAUGUACGGUUUUAGUUAUGAGUCUUACGAUCAAUUAAGAUGGUAUGAGCAAAAGGUGAAGGAAACGAAUCCAGGAAGCUACAUUUGCAUCGACCAGAAUGAAGGAAAGUUCAGAAGACUGUUUAUAUGUUAUGCUGCUUGCAUCAUUAGUUUCUUAAAUGGUUGUAGACCCCUAUUAUUUUUGGAUGAGACCUUUUUGAAAGACAGAUACAAAGGCACGUUCCGGAGCGCUAUAGCAUAUGAUGGAGACCAAGGGAUAUUUCCACUUGCAUCAAAGCUAAAGGCUUUGGGAAUGAAGUCAAAGGACACUAAAGUUUUGGGGAAUUUGCUCCAAUCAGCUUGCUAUAAAUAUACUAUUGCGGAAUGGAACGACUACAUGAAGGAUAUAUAUGAGAUGUCUCCAGCUGCAUAUAAGAUUGCAAUUAACUACUCGCCAGAGCAUUGGGCAAAUGCAUUCUUCCCUGGCAUUAGGUUAACUAUCGCUGAUAUAUGUUAG